GUUUUAAUCAAGCUGCCCAAAGUCCCCCAAUCACUCCUGGAAUACAGCAGAGAGAAGCAGCAGCUUGCUAAGCGGACAAGGAUGCUGGGCGUGAGGGACCAAGGCCUGCCCUGCACUCGGGCCUCCUCCAGCCAGUGCUGACCAGGGACUUCUGACCUGCUGGCCAGCCAGGACCUGUGUGGGGAGGCCCUCCUGCUGAGUGACAAUCUCAGCUCCAGGCUACAGGGAGACCGGGAGGAUCACGGAGCCAGCAUGGAUCCUGACAGUGAUCAACCUCUGAACAGCCUCGAUGUCAAACCCCUGCGCAAACCCCGUACCCCCAUGGAGACCUUCAGAAAGGUGGGGAUCCCCAUCAUCAUAGCACUACUGAGCCUGGCGAGUAUCAUCAUUGUGGUUGUCCUCAUCAAGGUGAUUCUGGAUAAAUACUACUUCCUCUGCGGGCAGCCUCUCCACUUCAUCCCGAGGAAGCAGCUGUGUGACGGGGAGCUGGACUGUCCCUUGGGGGAGGACGAGGAGCACUGUGUCAAGAGCUUCCCCGAAGGGCCUGCAGUGGCAGUCCGCCUCUCCAAGGACCGAUCCACGCUGCAGGUGCUGGACUCGGCCACAGGGAACUGGUUCUCUGCCUGUUUCGACAACUUCACAGAAGCUCUCGCUGAGACAGCCUGUAGGCAGAUGGGCUACAGCAGCAAACCCACUUUCAGAGCUGUGGAGAUUGGCCCAGACCAGGAUCUGGAUGUUGUUGAAAUCACAGAAAACAGCCAGGAGCUUCACAUGCGGAACUCAAGUGGGCCCUGUCUCUCAGGCUCCCUGGUCUCCCUGCACUGUCUUGCCUGUGGGGAGAGCCUGAAGACCCCCCGUGUGGUGGGUGGGGAGGAGGCCUCUGUAGAUUCUUGGCCUUGGCAGGUCAGCAUCCAGUAUGACAAACAGCACGUCUGUGGAGGGAGCAUCCUGGACCCCCACUGGGUCCUCACGGCAGCCCACUGCUUCAGGAAACAUACCGAUGUGUUCAACUGGAAGGUGCGGGCCGGCUCAAACAAACUGGGCAGCUUCCCAUCCCUGGCUGUGGCCAAGAUCAUCAUCAUUGAAUUCAACCCCAUGUACCCCAAAGACAAUGACAUCGCCCUCAUGAAGCUGCAGUUCCCGCUCACUUUCUCAGGCACGGUCAGGCCCAUCUGUCUGCCCUUCUUUGAUGAGGAGCUCACUCCAGCCACCCCACUCUGGAUCAUUGGAUGGGGCUCUACGAAGCAGAAUGGAGGGAAGAUGUCUGACAUACUGCUGCAGGCGUCAGUCCAGGUCAUUGACAGCACACGGUGCAAUGCAGACGAUGCGUACCAGGGGGAAGUCACCGAGAAGAUGAUGUGUGCGGGCAUCCCGGAAGGGGGUGUGGACACCUGCCAGGGUGAUAGUGGUGGGCCCCUGAUGUACCAAUCUGACCAGUGGCAUGUGGUGGGCAUCGUUAGCUGGGGCUAUGGCUGCGGGGGCCCGAGCACCCCAGGAGUGUACACCAAGGUCUCAGCCUAUCUCAACUGGAUCUACAAUGUCUGGAAGGCUGAGCUGUAAUGCUGCUGCCCCUUUGCAGUGCUGGGAGCCGCUUCCUUCCUGCCCUGCCCACCUGGGGAUCCCCCAAAGUCAGACACAGAGCAAGAGUCCCCUUGGGUACACCCGUCUGCCCACAGCCUCAGCAUUUCUCGGAGCAGCAAAGGGCCUCAAUUCCUGUAAGAGACCCUCGCAGCCCAGAGGCGCCCAGAGGAAGUCAGCAGCCCUAGCUCAGCCACGCUUGGUGCUCCCAGCAUCCCAGGGAGAGACACAGCCCACUGAACAAGCCAGCCUGCAGGCCAAGGUCUCAGGGGUAUUGCUAAGCCAAGAAGGAACUUUCCCACACUACUGAAUGGAAGCAGGCUGUCUUGUAAAAGCCCAGAUCACUGUGGGCUGGAGAGGAGAAGGAAAGGGUCUGCACCAGCCCUGUCCGUCUUCACCCAUCCCCAAGCCUACUAGAGCAAGAAACCAGUUGUAAUAUAAAAUGCACUGCCCUACUGUUGGUAUGACUACCGUUGCCUACUGUUAUUGUUAUUACAGCUAUGGCCACUAUUAUUAAAGAGCUGUGUAACAUCUCUGGCAUAGGCUAGCUGGAAUGCUUGAUAAGAACUGAGCUGGGAUGAUUGAACUUUCAUUCUUUGGCUUGGGAAGAAAAAAAGUCCUGGGGAAGCAAUUGAGUCUCAAAGUAGAGGCAGGGGAAAAAAGAGUUAGGGAGACCAGAUCUGCUGAGUGGCAGCAAGAGUGAGCUGCAGAUUACAGAAACCAGGGUGAGCAAGUUUGAUUCCCACACAGGGCCUUCUCCCUUUGCCUCUUUCCCUCCGUCCCUGCCUGUGAUAAUCAGCCAGGAGCCAGGGAUAACCUAUGACUUGGGAAGGAGACGAGUUAGGCAGUCAAGGGUGACAUUCAAUCAGGGAUCCACAAGUGGCUGGAAAGAAAUGCUGGUCCUGUGUCCUAACUUUUUCCACCUGGAGAGCCCUCAGUGUGGCUUCUUACAUUUAAAAAACAAAAAGGAUCAGCUGCCAGGUAUGAGGCAGUCCCCAAGCUGAGUGGUGAGGAUGUAAGCAUGAAUAAGUCCCUGCACUCAAAAUGGUCAAAGAAUUAAACCCCAUGGACUUUUUUGGCAUCUGUAUGAAAGCUUGGGUUUUCUGAGGACUCUCUUGCUAUAGUUAAGUCAGAUCCUAGAUGAAAUAUACUUGUUCAUACUGUACUAGGUUCUUAGGAAACAACAGAAUUCCUCAAAUGCCAAAAACAAAGAAAAUAGAAACCCAGAAAACAAAACAAAAUAAAACAAAACCAUCAGAACGGUGAGUGAAAACUAAGGUGAUGAUCUGGGACCAAUACACUAAAAUCUUGGGUCGAGACCUAUAUGAAGGCUGGCAGUGGAGCUAAACCUGGACACGCUGCAGACAAGGGAGCUGAACCAGGGCUCCUACAUGAAGCAGGGAUAACUGAUGGCAGUAAAUGUGGUCUCAAAUUGCAGAUGGUCUGGAGGAAAAUUUCCCAAAUUUAGAGCCUCAGGAUUCCCAAAGAUCCUCCAAAUAUGAGCUCACAAUCAAAGAUCAGAGACGUUGAAAAAUAAAAAACACCUUAAGUGGGCAGCAUAAAAAACAGCUAAUUUAGGACCCCAAAGGCUUCAGAUGUCAGAAUAUUAGAGACUUAUGAUAAUAAGCAAUAUUUGCAGAGUAUUUGUAUGUGCCAGACACUAUUGUAAGUGCUUCAUGAUGUACUGAUUCAUUUAAUACUCACAGAAAUCUAUGAGAUGGGUAUUAUUCUUAUCCUCACUCUAUGGAUUAAAAAAACUAAGGCACAAAGGGGUUAAGCUCCUUGCCUGAGAUUAUAGACUGUAAGUUGAACAUGAGCACUUGGAAUACAGAGUUCAUGCUGUAAACUACCACACUAUAGGGCCUCCAAUAUGAUAAUUUAUAAAAUAUUUGAAUAAAAAAUGAAUACUAGUUCCACAUUUUAAAAUCGUGUUUAACUGUGGUCAAAUGCACGUAACACAAGUUGCCAUCUUAACCAUUUUUAGGUGUAUAGUUCAGUGGUGUUAUGUACAUUCACACUAUUGUGCAGUCAUCACCACCAUCCAUCUCCAGAACAGAAACUCAGUACCCAUCAAACAACUCUCCACUUCCCCCUCCUCCCAAUCUCUGGCAACCACCAUUGUGCUUUCAGUCUCUGUGAACUGGAUUACUCUGGGUACCUCAUUUAAGUGAAGUCAUGCAGUAUUGGUCUUUUUGUACUUGUUUUAUUUCACUUCACAUUGUGUCUUCAAGUUUCACCCAUGUUGUAGCAUGUGUCAGAAUUUCCUCCCUUUUUAGACUAAAUAAUAUUCUAUUGUUUAUACAAACAUUCAGGUUACUUCUAUCUUUUGGCUAUUGUGAAUUAUGCUGCUGUGAACAUGGGUGUACAAGUAUCUCUUUGAGGCCCUGCUUUCAAUUCUCUUGGGUAUAUUCCCAGAAGUGGAAUUGCUGGAUCAUAUGGUAAUUCUAUUUUGAAUUUUUUGAGGAACUGAUAUAUUGCUUUCCAUAGAGACUGCACCAUUUUACAUUCCCAUCAACAGUUUGCAGGAGUUACUAUUUCUCCAUAUUCCCCCCUAACACUUGUUAUCUUCUGUUAAAAAUGGAUAUCUUAAUAAUCAAGCAAAAAUAACAGGCAGAUUUGAAAAAGAACUGAAUACAGCUUUUAGAAAUAAAAACUAUAAUUACAAAAAUAAAAAAUUAAGUGGAUGGGGUAAAUAACAAUUAAAACACCAAUUUGUUAAGAGAGAACAAAUGAACUGGAAGAUAAAUUGAAGAAGUGACUAGGCUUAACAGCAGACAGAGAUAAGGAGAUUAAAAAUAUGAAAACAAGGCCAGGAGCAAUGAAGCCUAGAAUGGUAAAUUCUAACAUAUCCAGAAUCCCAGAAAGAGAGAAUCAAGACGAUGAGAGAGAGACAAUACCAAAGAGAUAAGAGCUGAGAAUGUUCCAGAACUGAUAAAAGGUGUGAAUCCACAGACAUACACCACCAUAGUGUACACACAUACAACCAAGGUGGAAAAAUUAGAAUAAAUCCACAACUAUGUACAUUAUAAUGAAACUGCAGAACACCAAAGACAAAAAGAAACUCCUUAUAGCAGCAGAGAGAAAACCCAGACCACCCACAGUACCACAAAUCUACCACAAUUAGACUGACAACAGGCUUUCCCACAGCAAUAAAGGAGCUAGAAGUCAGUGGAAGUAUAUCUCCAGCAUGCCAAAAGAUAACAAUCAAUCAGGGAUUGUGAACCCUACAAAACUAUCUUUCCAGAAUAAAGGCAUUUUCAAGAAAACAAAAACAGACUUUACCAUCAACAAACCUUCUCUAAAAGAAUAUAUAAAGCAUUUACUUUAGGAAGAAGGAAAAUGAUCCUAAAAGGAAGAACCAAGAAGCAAGUAGCAAUAGUGAGGCAAUUGUGAAAAUGUAGGUAAGUCUAAACACACUCUGUCUACUUCUUCUUCUUCUUAUUAUUAUUAUUAUUUUGAGACUGAGUCUUGCCCUGUCACCCAGACUGGAGUGCAGUGGCAGGAUCUUGGCUGACUGCUACCUCCACCUCCCAGGUUCAAGUGAUUCUUCUGCCUCAGCCUCCCGAGUAGCUGGGAUUACAUGCACAUGCCACCAUAUCCGGCUAAUUUUUGAAUUUUUAGUAGAGAUGGGGUUUCACUGUGUUGGCCAGGCUGGUCUCAAACUCCUGACCUCAAGUGAUCCCCCCGCCUCGGCCUCCCAAAGUACUGGGAUUCCAGGCGUGUCUACAUAUUAUUAAAAUAACAAUAAUAUUUAUUUUGUGGGUUAAUUUUUUUUGAAACAGAUAUUGAAUUUAUUGGUUGGCUACGAGUAGAAAAAUACAUCAGUAAAGAAAAAAGACCCUGUAUAUAAAUAUAAUACUAGCUAGUUAAAAUUUGACCAAGAGGUUUCCAUUGUGGGUUAAUUUUUAAAGGCCUAACUGAAAUAUGGAGUAACAACAGCAUGCAGCAUGUAAAUUAAAGGGGAUAGCUGG